AUGGUCGACCAACCUCCACCUCGGAAGAAGUCUCGCUUCUUCACAGAAGGGAAAAGCAAGAUUGGAAAUCUUCUUCAUCCUUUUCGAAAGUCGACUGCUCACGAUGAAGCAAACAAUUUCAAUCAGACAGCCAGUGCUGGAUCUUCUACUCUCCCCAACGAUACACAAAGUACACACUCCCAGACGGCUUCGCCUUCAUCCUCUUCUACUCAGGCUCUUGCCCAACCAUCAAGCGCUCAGUCACAUCUGAGGCGACCACCAACUGCUUCAUAUCCUCCUUACAACCUGAGAUCCAGGCAGGUUAACAAUGAAACCUUACGAGCCCAAACAAGACACCAGUCAUCGAGUGCCAUGAGCGAAGAUGACACCGACAUCGAGAGCAAUCAUGGCGAUGAACACCAUGGGGAGCCUGAUGAAAGCGACCAAGAAAACAAAAGUCCAUCUCGUGCCUCGACAAUCACACCAGCUCUUGACAGAUUGGCCGUCAAAGCUCCUCGUCCAAGAGCAAUUUAUGGCGUAGAGGAGCUCGAUCCUACAGGUGCACAUGUCUCAAUCUUUGGCCGUGGUCAACCUAUAACAUCCACCUCUGCGUCCAACCCACCUCUGCUACAACAAGGUCUGGAAACAGAACGCGCGCCAUUCACCUUCCGGGCGGAUCAACGUUUGACUGCGUUUCCUCCAAAUCAGCAAUCCGCCACACCUCGUGGUCAAAUCCUGGCACAGAUGUCAAUGCAAGGUGUGCAUCAAGAUACUGGUCCACUGAGUCAAUCAUCUCGACCGCUACAAGGCCAUCCUCCAGCCCAGGGCCCAGGCUACAUUGACACAGAUCGAGACGCUCAAGGAAAUAUUCUUCCAGUCAACCAACGAUACGACCCGUGGGUCAACGGAAGACGACCAGUCAAUCUUCCAAAUACCGGCAUUACAAGCCUUCCCUUCAAAACCACCCCACUGCACCUCAGCAAUCCCGAUGCAACGGUACCAGACAAUCUAUAUACCUCACCAGGACGUAUUGAACAUGCACACAUGUGGGCAAAGAUCUCUCGCAAACGCAAAAGACCCGACACAAUCCUCCCACCACCUGCAUACGUGUACAAACGCACCAACGACCCCAACUUUAACAUCCUUAACGCUAUCCUCCUGUACCCAGAACUCGUCUUUGCAUUCGCGUCGAUCCUACCAGUCAAAGACCUCAUCAACCUCUACGCAAUCAGCAGAGACUUUCACACCAUCAUCGACACCCGCUUCACGACCGUAAUCCUCGGCCAAGCCCUCAGCAAGGCCCGCGAAUCCGCCCGAAUUUUUCAAUUCCGCUGCUACAAUCACAUGUGUCGCAACGAUCCCGCAACACGCAUGCCACAUCCCAACAUCCGUCUGGCGGAGCGAAACAUCCCACGCAAAAUCCCGUCCUUCCGUUGGCUUCGAAUGAUCUUGCAUCGCGAGAAAGUGAUCCACGAACUAAUGACCGUGUUCGCCGAGGAUGGCAUUCCCCUGCCUGCCCGUUGUCGUCUGGCCCUGAAACGCAUGUGGUUCCUGAUGGACAUCCCCGACAAUGCCCGCCGCAUCGGCUCCAUCCACAACCGGAACUUCAUGUCCGAUCUCGACCUGUACUUCGCAGCCUGCUUCUUUACCAAGCUCGAUAUGCGUCUGAACGACCCGACUUCGGGCGAGAAGCGGGACGGGAUGCGCAAGCUGCUACUCGGACAACGCAGCCUCACGACUGUCCUGCAGGUCCUCAAACGCGACAUCUGGACGACGCGCUACGAGCUUAUGCAGGAGUGGAUCAAGUUCAAGUACGUACCUGCAGCGGACGAGGCAGGCAUGGACAUAUUUGGAGUCCCUGCGGCGGAGAUUGGCCGCGGCCACCUUGAGUACUGGGGCAAGCGCGGCAAGAAGGAUCUCGGCCGGCAGCCGGAGUUACUGAUGCGGCCCGACUCGCUGGUCAUGCGCGAGGCACUUCGCCGCGGCUUCCGCUUCGACGUCCACUAUGUCCGCUUUAUGCUGUACGGAUACGUGCGGCCCGACACGUUGGAGGACUACGCGCCACGGGAGUAUGGACGACGCAUCGAGGAGUUGAAUGAUGAGUACGAAAUCGAUGAUAUUGUCGGUGGGGUCAGUGCGUUGGGCGUCGGUGAUGAAGGAUACGACCCGCUGCUCGAUCUUGGCCGGCCGAAUCGACCAAGUGUGUCUACUGCAGUCCAGCAUCCCACGACUAAAGAGGAAUUGGACAACCGCUCUAAGUCAAAGGACAUGGCGGCCUUGUGUCGCGAAUGGUGGCUCAAGGAGAUGCAGGAGUCUGGUCGCUUGGAUCUGGACGACGACAGUGAUAGCCAGGACGACGAUCACGAUGAAGGAGCCUGA